AUGCGUUCCCUGACAAAAAGUCCCAACGAUGACGGGUCAUCAAACCACCUAUCGACUACAAUCGAGAUAUCCUCGCCUUGGACAGACAUCGCACUCGAAGAGAAGGCAACGACACCAUGUCUCCCUCCUCCAAUAUUCAAGUCAAGACAAAAAAGCCUUCCAUUCACAACCAGGUUUCGAUUCAGUCGAAGCAAUAAAAUAACUUGGCUCGUGUUCCUUGGAACUAUCGGGUUGCUGUAUUUGAAUUGGGGAGUUUGGAGUGACGGAAUUCGACGAACAGAAGCAUCGGAUUCGGUUUUUAAAAUACCAAGCUUUGAGGGAUUACAAUUCAUUAAUGCGAGUCAUCCGCAUCUGAGAGUAUGUUACAACCAGUUCAGUUCUGAGUAUCUACUAAAUAUCCUAGUUUGUAGGGCGCUGGAUGUCGAUUGCCAAUGGUACCCGACAAGAAGGCUCUUUUCCAGGUACAGUAAAAAUACUGACAUUAAAUUCGAUUCGACAGGAACUAACUAUAGUUGUAGGAAUUUAUUUCGACUUUGAAAUUAAAGGUAGCACAACAGUGUUUCUUUCCCUUCAGAAUACCGAACGAUACCAGGAGCUUCCUAAGCCACAGAAGCCUCCGAGAACCCUGGACUUUUUACCAGCAAAUACUCCAUCCGUGGCUGGCCCAAUCUCCUUGCUUGCGAGAGUUGACGGGGACGAGUACACAAUAUUUCCGAAUGCAACAUCAGUCGUGAAAUUGCGCAACGGCGAGCUUGAUCCGCUUGCGCGUCACUACAUCCGAGUAAUUGCACCAAAUAUAAAGGAUAAUCGAACAACACUUUUGCAAGUUAACGGCAUCUAUAUAGAUGGAAAGGGGGAAUUACUUGCGCCUCUGGAAGCCACCACGCUACCCAAGAAAACACGAGCGAAGGACAAGGCAAUGACAGCCCAAACAAGAAGAAAGAUGUUAGAGGUAGUAACCGAUCUACCUGGAAUCACAACGGGAUCAUUGGGACACAAGGAGGCCACCCCAGGCCAUGAAGUUCUACGUGGUGUUAUGGGAUGGGAUUACCUUCUUGGGGAAAUGUUUGAAGCAGACCAUGUGUCUAUAGGUGCCGAUGGUAUGUGCUUGAUACAGAACUGUAUUGGUGGAAGAGGCAGUCCACUUGGAAUUUCCGACCUCUUCUUCCAAAGGUAGGUGAUACGUCCCCAAAGUAUAUUGACGAUGUUGAUAAGUGCAAGUGGACCUUUGGGAUCCGAACAAUAUAACCAGUCUUGGACUUUCGAUAAUUAUAUCCCCGAUGCGAUGGUAGGUUGAAACUUCAAGCCAAUAGAGCCCGCGCUUAUUGCUUGGGUAUAGGUAAUGAACAUAGGAAACUCUGAUUGGGAGUCGUUCCAAACUUAUAGUCAGGAGUACAACAUGUCCAUCUGGGACUUGAGUGUAGCUUUUGAAAACAGCUAUAUUUCUCUCAUCCGGAAAAUUCGGAAGUUUGCCUAUCCUCCAUACUCACCAACAAUUUUGACGGCCGAUUCUUUUCCACAAACGGCCGUCGGCGUCCCCAUAUUCGUUGUGAGACCGUUACGUGGACAACUCGAAGGCGCAACCCAUUCUGUUGUUGAACGACUUCGAAUGGAUGGAGACAAUUCAGUAUUUUGGCUUGAUACUUCUGGUUGGCUGGACACAGAGUUGGAACUAGAGGGCAGUGCCGAAAAUCAGGAUUUCUUCCUUGAUGGUUGUAUUCCCCUCAAAAUCCCCAUAUUAUUUCUUGGGGGCGGAUUCUGAUAAUGAUGCUAGAGGAGACAAAAGGGUGGCGACUGACGCAGCGGGGUAAUCAACGGGUCGCGAUCCUCCUUCAUUUGCAUGUAUGUCGAUUUCUAGCCCAGGACGCAGAGAAAUGCGCCUUUUUGCCGCCAGAAAUCUACCAAGGCAAAGCAGCGGACCCAGAAAUGGUGCGCUUCGAAGAGUAUAUUGAUGGCGAGCGGGAACGUAAACUCAAAGGGCUUUUUUGGGAGGAAUGA